AUGGUUGCUGCUACAUUACAACAAUUGCCACCGGCGUAUAUUUUACAGAGUUGGCGCCGGGAACAACCAUCACAAACGGAUCGUCUAUUAUUAGAACAAACAUUUCUCAUAGCACCUGAUACUGCACUACCAUUUUCAUCGUUACGUCGACGUAUUCGUGAAGUACAAGAGGAACGAGCUAAACCAAACGUUGUUGUUUACUAUGAUCCGUGGUCAAAAGAAGCUUUUCAAGUACAGACGCACGAUAGAACAACAACAAAAUUUCCCCGAAGUCAUACGGUCAUCUAA